AUGACUCCCCUACGCAAAACUAACCCAUUAAUAAAACUAAUCAAUCACUCACUUGUUGACCUUCCAGCCCCAUCCAAUAUCUCUAUAUGAUGAAACCUUGGCUCACUCCUAGGCACCUGCCUAAUCCUCCAAAUCAUCACAGGGUUAUUCCUGGCCAUGCACUAUACACCAGACGCCUCCAUAGCCUUCUCAUCAGUAGCCCACAUUACCCGAGACGUAAACUACGGCUGGGUUAUCCGCUACCUUCAUGCCAACGGUGCCUCAAUAUUUUUCAUUUGCCUAUUCCUACACAUCGGCCGGGGCAUAUAUUACGGCUCAUUCCUCUACUUAGAAACCUGAAACAUCGGCAUCAUCCUCUUAUUAGCGACCAUAGCAACAGCCUUCAUAGGCUACGUCCUCCCAUGAGGCCAAAUAUCCUUCUGAGGUGCCACAGUAAUCACAAACCUACUAUCUGCCGUCCCAUACAUCGGAACAGACCUAGUCCAAUGAGUCUGAGGCGGCUAUUCAGUGGACAACGCUACACUCACACGCUUCUUUACCUUCCACUUUAUCCUGCCCUUUAUCAUCACAGCCCUAGUAACCCUGCACCUACUAUUCUUACACGAAACAGGAUCAAACAACCCCCUGGGUAUCUCCUCCCAACCAGACAAAAUCACCUUUCACCCUUACUACACAACCAAAGAUAUUCUAGGACUAUUCCUCCUCCUUCUCACCCUAAUGAGCCUAGUACUAUUCUCGCCAGACCUCCUAGGUGACCCAGACAACUACAUCCAAGCCAACCCCCUAAGUACCCCUCCCCACAUCAAGCCUGAAUGGUAUUUCUUAUUCGCAUACGCCAUCCUACGAUCUGUCCCUAACAAAUUGGGAGGCGUGCUAGCCCUCCUACUGUCAAUCCUCAUCCUAAUAACAAUCCCCAUACUCCACACAGCCAAACAACAAAGCAUAAUAUUCCGCCCACUGAGCCAGCUCACAUACUGACUCUGGGCAGCAAAUCUACUAACCCUCACAUGAAUCGGAGGACAACCAGUGAGCUAUCCAUUCAUCACCAUCGGACAAGUGACAUCCGUACUAUACUUCAUCACAAUCCUAAUCCUAAUACCAACAGCCUCUUUAAUCGAAAACAAAAUACUCAAAUGGACCU